AUGGCAGCCUUACCAGCGGAGAGAACUACGUUCUCUUUACCCUUUACAUUUAAUGGUGUAGACUUUGCUGGUCCUUUCCAAAUCAAGGCUGGACAUCUUAGAAACUCUCCGUAUAUGAAAGGCUACGACUGCAUAUUUGUCUGCUUUGCUACUCGGGCUAUACACCUAGAACCAUGUUCCAACCUUUCAUCCGAGGCCUUUCUUGCUACAUUUGAUAUGUUUGUCGGAAGACGAGGUUUACCGAAACGACUGAUGUCAGAUAACGGUACGAAUUUCGUAGGCGCAUGUAAAACAUUUUUAGCAGAAUAUGCAAUGUUUUUAGAGCAACCCUCAAAGGAUAUCUCUGAAAAAUAUGCUGUCCACGGCUUUGAGUGGAAAUUCAUACCACCUAGUGCACCGCACAUGGGAGGCCUGUGGGAAGCUGGAGUUAAAAGCUUCAAGCUUCAUUUUAGGAAGGUUAUAGGGAAUCAAAAAUUUAAUUUUAAAGAAUUCUCUACAUUUUUAGUUCGGAUUGAAGGCGUUCUCAACUCUCGUCCGUUAUCUCCAAUGACAGAGGAUCCUGAAGAUUUAAACGUUCUAACGCCAGGACAUUUUUUACGAGGUUCACCAAUAAUGGUUCCACCAGAAAUGCCAAUAGACGAUUUGAAUAUGUCCUUGCUUAAUCGAUGGGAAAAACUAAAGGCUCUUCAUCAUCGGUUUUCUCAGAGAUGGAAAACAGAAUACCUUCAAGAGCUGCAUAAACGAUACAAAUGGCGUUACCCGAAGAAGGAGUUGGUUAUAGGCGAUUUCGUAAUCAUAAAGGACGAAAUUCUUCCUCCCAGCGAUUGGCGAUUGGGUCGUAUUAAUAGCGUUUAUUACGGAUCUGAUAAACGUGUGCGAGUUGCAGACAUACGAACUCAAUAUGGUUUAGUUACUCGGCCAAUCGUUAAACUUUGUUUGUUGCCAAUUUCGGAUAAGUAG